CUUGGUGCGGUGAGGUGUGUGGAGGUGUCCUCCUGACCAUCUCUCUUGUCGUCUGCUACGCGUGGUUCUGUCGAUCGAUGAAACUACUCAGACAUGAUGUCCACCGAGUAACGUCAAUCAAACUUGCAUCGAAUAUAAAGGACAUGAAGUGUUUCUGAACUGCCACUCCGUUCAGUCAAGUGUUUCUGAACUGCCACUCCGUUCAGUCAAGUGUUUCUGAACUACCACUCCAUUCAGUCAAGUGUCUCUGAACUGCCACUCCAUUCAGUCAAGUGUCUCUGAACUGCCACUCCGUUCAGUCAAGUGUCUCUGAACUGCUACUUCCUUCAGUAAAGCAUCUCUGAACUGCUGCUCCGUUCAGUCAAGUGUCUCUGAACCGCUGCUCCGUUAAAGUCUCUUCGAUUAAGUGCCACCCCAACAACUAGAUAGACCAACAUGGCGGCUAUGGUGUUGCAAAUGAGCAGCUCAUCGUCUGUUCUCUCAACGCCUCCUCCCACACCACCCAUGGAAAAUCCUGCGAACUAUCCUUCUGUGCACCAGAAGAGAAUGGCAAGCGGCGCUGCAACUCCAAGCUCUAACGACCCUCGUAAAAUUUCUGUGCCGGUUACAGGGAACACGAGUAAGGGUUUACAGGUCCAGAUGACCAGGAAUUCUGCUGAAAUUAAACCAGCGGUUGCAUUGAAUAACCCGAUGCAUUUAGCCCAGCAGGAAGAUUUGCCAGAAGAAGUACUAACAUCAAGCGAUAGUUCUAUGGAUGACACCAACGUUCCGGUCUCAGGAACGAAAAAUGCCACAGCUCAAAAUAACACCUCACAUGUCCUACUAAAUGGGAAAAACAUUCCUAAAUACGAUCGGAAGGAACCUGACCAGCCACCCGCUCAUAGUCAACUAUCACGUCAACCACAACCUCCAGGUCCUGAUCAACCCCCGGUUCAUGGUCAACCCCCGGUCCAUGGUCAACAACCAGUUCAUCCUGGUCAACCCCCGGUUCCAAUUCAACCCCCAGGUCCCGACAAGCCACGCCAAAGCCACCCCAAGAGGCGGUCCAUGGCAGCAGGCGCCCCCAAGUCCCUGCUGAACCCGGAGGACUACUUCCGCGGCGUGUCGCCCAUGUGCAGGAGGCUGCUGGAGGACAUGGCCGCCGUCAGGGAGUCCAUGGGGCGGGACUGGGCUGCUCUUACGUAUGAGCAGCAGUGCAAGAUUCUGGACCAGGCCAUCGUCGAUGAGGCCACGAUGCGCCGCUACGAGCACGAGGACGCGUGCGCAGGCCCCGAGUGCGCAUACUUCCCGAAGCUGCAGCUGCGCACCGGCCAGCGCAUCGUCAGGGACGAGAAGCUCUCCCAGCGUGGCUAUACCUGCAGCUGGCGAGACGAACACUCGGCGCCCUUCUCGUGGCACACGCGCUCCCAGAUGGACCUCACCCUUGAUACCCCGCCAGAGACACCCCUGGAGCCUCCAUAUCUGCCACACGAGCUCGACCAACAAGACGGGCGAGCCUCCAGCAAAGAUAACCAGUCUUCGAAGAGUCCAUCGUUCACGUCGCGAUCUCAGAAGAGACCUCAUCAGUCGCGCAGGACGAGAUCGGCGUUCACAUGGCACUACGAACCUUCCCCUCGACCACCCAAAUCAAAUUCAACUGAAAUCCCAGACAUCGUCAGAGAUUCAUCGCUGCAAAUCAAGACUCAUGUGGUGGUUCGAGCUGAAAACAUGGACGGAGGCAAUGCUGGUUUUCUCGACAAACUACGCGGGGCUUUUUGUAAGCUGACAACUUCUUGUAUGCCUACGCAAAAUUCCAGCGUAUCUCAGAGCCUCCAGAGCUCCACGUCCACGCCCCCUGACCUGAGACCUGCUCAUGUUUUGGCCCAAGCCAAAGAAUCGCAAAACACUUCCCUGCCCAUAACUCUGCCUAUCACGUCUCGGUCUCACGAUGGCGACCAUGAAAUUUUCAAUGACAGCAACAAUGAACUCGCAAAUAAUGACGACGAAAUGAGAUCGAGGGGUGAGAGCUACUUCGGAGACAGAAACGAAAUUGACGGACAUUUUCGAGUUGAUGCCGCUGUUAAUUCUGUUAACAACAACCUUUCAGGGCCAAAUUCUUUGGCUCAGGAUGUUGGAUCAAUCGCUCCCACAACCAACAUCACCGCUAAUCCAUUAUCAGUCACGUGCAGCAGUUCAAACAAACCCGACAACGGCAACAAACCCGCUGGCUUCAACCGCCCUCAGAACAAACGAAGAGCACCGGAACCCGUCAAAAAACCGGCGCCGGCCCCGCCUGUCCGACACCCAUCAACCCAUAUCGAAAACAACAGAAGUUUUCCCCUUCUUAAAGAUGAGGACAUCGUGGAGAAGAAUGGUGGUGUUCACGAGAAGAAUUUGAACCUUCUUAAUGCCACGAACACGCAGGACCACCACGAAAUUCUUGAUAACGACGACGCGGCCCAAAAAUCCUUCGAGAAUUUUAUGGAUGGAACCACGCUGGAGGACAAGCCGAGCGUAGACCUAUCCACCAGUGGACAGGACUUCAUCCCAAAAACUGGCUUCGAUUUCUUGGACAACUGGUAAUACCAUAGGACUUCGGCUGCUCCUGGGAUGACCGUUGACGUCCUGCCGAAAAUUUCCCACAAGAGUUGCCCUCUUCAGCGAAGACAGCCGCUUGCUGCGUCCACCAAUCCUCAUGUGCAUUUGUCUUCACUAAAAAGAUCGCGGGGUUAUACAACGUUU